GUUGCUCAGAUUCGAUAGGUUAAAUUCAGAUCACAAAAUUCAAGUUAAAAAAUUCAGAUUAAACAUCCGGGACACGCAGGAUGAGCAAUCGAUUCUGUCUCAAAUCGAACUGAUACCCAGCCAAUCACGUUACACUCCACUGAUUAAGCGACAACGAAGCGGCUUUCGUUUACAGAAGGACAGUCAGCGAUGGCGGCCAAUUUCAGCAGUGGAACAUCGGAUAGUCAGUCUGAGAUUGUUCAGUCAGCCAGGCAUUUAUUGUCCCUAUUAACAUCAAGAGACGCAGCUCGUGAUGUCGCAAAUACAGAUAUGAGAGAUCAGAGGCAGGGAGGUCACAGUCCAGCCCCUCAGCCAGAAAAACCAUCGCUUCAGAUGGAAAUGACCAGGUCAUUUCCAGGUAUUUUUACCAAGGGCAGAGGAAAGAGGCGCUUUCCUGCAGCAAAUCUUGUUCCUGCCAAAAAGAUUAAACCACUUGAAGUGGCUUUUUAUUUGCUGCCGAAACAAUGUGAAAGAACGCCAAAUGAGCAGGAGCAAAUAGACCACUUGCAGUCAGGGUUGGGUCGUAGGACUGCUCAUUUGGAUGAGGGCACAACACAUGAAGAGUUAUGUGAGGCCCUAAAAGUUUUGUUUCCGAAACUGAGGAUGGUUACUGGUGGGUGGCUCCUUUACAAAUCGUCAGGCGGCUGGGGUAGACGAAAACUCUCUCUUGUGGCUCCUGAUGAUAUUGGCUAUACAGGCAGGAUCUUGAAGGCUGCAAGUCGUGGGGGUAAGAAUCUAUUCAUAGCCCCAGUUCAAGAAGAACUCAGCACAAAUCCCCUACAACUAACUGAUGAAGCAUUCAGUAGCAUGUCAAAAGCCACCUGUCAGAAGUGUGGAGUUGAAGUUCCCUUGCAGCUUCUGACUGAACACAUCAAGUCCUGUGGCACCAUUGAUAUUAGCAGUGAUGAUAACCUGCCUACUGAAAACAUGGAUAGCAGUGAGACUGAAGAAAGAAAAUCAGCUAUGCAGCAAUGUCCUGUCUGCACAAAAAUGUUUCCUUGUGACUUUAUCGAGGUACAUGCUUCUUCAUGUGGUGAAAGUGCAGGAAAUGUGGUGAGGCAUGAUAUUAUUGUCACUGAGAUGCAUGACAGUACAGUCAGUGAGGAAGUGGAGGCUGCAGUGCCUGGACCGUCCAGAGCUUCUGCAACAGUUACAGAUGGCUGGUUAACUAUCAGUGACCCUGCCAGAGCUAUAUCUCAGUGUGCGGAUAAUUUUCUCCGUAUUCAUGAAAUGAAGAGUCCCCUGUUCCUUAGUAUGGACAUCAGAAAAAGCCCUACUGAACAGGACAUGGCCCUUAUCUCUUUUUACAAGAGGCCUAACGUGGAAUGGGCAAGACCCCUGAAUUGCAGGCUUGAAGGAGAUACUGCUGUUGGACAGGGUGUAACCCGUUUUUAUUUCUCAAGAUGCAUGGAAAAGCUCAAGUCUGGGUUUUGCAUAAAUUUUGGAAACUCCAAUGUUACAAUGCUAUUUGAGGGAGAGCCUGGACAUUUAGUCCCUUCAGCCUCUCAUUUUCUUGUGGACAGCGAUUUGUUCAUUGUUGCAGGGAGAAUGUUGGGCCACUCUUUUCUUCAUGGAGGGCCAUGCCUGUCAGGACUCAGCCCUGCUGUUGUUCAUGUCUUGCUUGGUGGGAGUCCUGAAACUGCAACUGUUACUUUAGAGGACUGUCCAGACCUGGAAAUCAGAGAAACAAUCAGGCUUGUUAUCGGACGUGUGACAAGACAAAUUAAGCAGCUAAGACGAGGUCUCAAAGAAACCCAGAUGUGGACAGUCCUAACCCAACGACCUGACACGGUGGCCUUGCUUUUUCCAAAACCAGGAGCAGACAGUUUCAGCCCUGAGGAACUUCUUCAGCGUAUCACAUGGCCUCGUGAUGAAGAUGAUGAUGAUGAUGACGACGAUGAUUAUUCAGGUGACACCAAAAGCCGCAUGUCAGGCUAUCUUCGAGAAUUCAUUGCCAAUGCAACAUCAAUUGAAUUGACUAAUCUGGUCAAAUUCUGGACAGGAUGGGAGAUUUUACCAACCAGUCUCACUGUAGAGGUAGUCAAGAGCAGAUACCCUACAGCUUCCACCUGCUUCGAGACCUUGCGCAUCCCGGGGAUUUACAGGGAUUACACGUCUUUUCAAAGUGACAUGCUGGCCUGUAAUUUUUACUUGUGAGACAAGGUUUAAUUUUGUAACACAAGUUUAAGCUGUUAACCGUUCAGUUCAAUAUGUUAAGCUUAAAAACCUUUAUGCUGAAUUGUCAUAUUUCUUAAAAUUAACAGAAUGAUCACUUGAUGGGGAAUACAUAGCUUCUCCAAAAAAUUCACUGGGAGAUUUCCUAAGUUUUCAAAAAGGUCCUGGUUAAAAAUCUGUAAUCUCGAAUAAACAAUUUAAGCAGAACUUUAACAUCCA